AUGCGGCUCCGCGGCACUGUCCUUGCCGUGCUCCCACUAGCGAACAUUGGCCUUGCGAGCACGAGCGAAACCUCCUCUGGUCUGCUCCCCUUCGCAUAUGAACCUUUCCCACUCGGCAGCAUCACCCCGAACGGAUGGCUACGAAUCGAGCUUCAGGCGUCUGCCGAUGGUCUUGCAGGUCAUCUCUUUGAUUUCUUCCGAUUUGUGAAAAACUCUACAUGGAUUGGUGGUGAUCAAGAGUACAGUUCAUUAAAUGAGGCACUCCCAUAUUGGGUCAAUGGAUUAGUCCCACUCGCCUAUACCCUACAAGAUGAUCGGCUGAAAGAUCAAGUUUCCACCGUCGUCGACUCCAUUCUGGACCGUAUCCAGCCAGACGGAUGGAUUGGACCAGAGACGCUUGCAAGCGGCGAGCGGAUGAUUUGGGCACGAACCCUCGUAUUCCUCGGAUUAACCAAUCUCGCUGAUGCGGAUCCAAAGUAUGAACAGCCCAUUGUUGACGCUCUUCAUCGCUUCAAUGACCUCAUGCACUCUAUGCUCAAGAAUAAUGGAACUGGAAUGAUCUAUCAUCAGGGUGAUAAGGUAACUGCCGAUGACUAUGUUUGGUUCCAGGCCCGGAGCGAAGAUAUGGUUGUCAGCCUGCAGUGGUUGCUGGAUUAUCACCCUGGUAACCAGACCGAGAUCCUGAAGGAGAACAUUGACAUGAUACACCAUUGGGCUUCUAAAUGGGAGGGAUGGUACUCCGAGGGCAGUUACAUUACGGAAGAUCUCAACGAUCUUCCUCAGUCUGUGACGACUGAUCAAUGGCAAUUCCUGCACGGUGUCACCGUUGCCGAGAGCCUGAAGUUCGCAGCUGUUUACCGGCGUUCGAAUGCUAACGAGAGUCUUGUCACAACCGCAAAGAACGGGGUGGAUUGGACGUUCAAAUACCACGGUGCGGCAUCCGGUACUAUCCUUGCCGAUGAGCGUCUAGACGGCCUUAAUCCAUACUAUGGCUCCGAGCUAUGUACCGACGUUGAAACCAUCUACUCCCUCGCCUACAACUACUUCGCGCUUGGCGAUUCAUCGUACGCAGAUCGGGCCGAGCUGGCCGCAUUUAAUGCUCUUCCAGCUGCUCUCUCUGGAGAUUGGUGGGCCCAUCAAUACGUGACCCAGCCCAAUCAGCCAUAUUCGAAGAAUCUCACGGACGAGCCAUUCUGGAAUACCAAUGCGCUCAGUCAGACCUUUGCAGUUGAGCCUGACUAUCCAUGCUGCACCGUGAACCACCCGCAAGGGUAUCCCAAGUUUACAAUGUACAGCUUCCUCAAGAAUGGAGACAGUGGGAUCCUUCAUUCCUUGCUGAGCCCAGGGCGUAUUCAGACGCAGAUUCAAGGGAAAGCGGUCUCGGUGGACUGCCAAACCGAUUAUCCCUUUGACAAUACCUUGUCCUAUACUGUUGACAGCGAUGUCGACUUCCAACUAUACCUUCGCGUUCCAGGAUGGGCCACCCAGGCCAAGAUCCAAGGAUCACCCAGUGAUGACGGCGCAUCCAAGGACCCCAAAACAGAUCUUAUCAAAGUCAAUAUCCCAUCUGGAACGACCAAGUUUACCUACGAACUAGGCAUGGACCUUGUCACUGCCGACCGGGCCAAUGACACUGUCGCGAUAUACCGUGGAGCCCUCCUUUACGCACUCCACAUUCCUCACACUAGCACCUCUGGACCUCCCAAGUUCUACGAUACUCAGAAGGAAUACCCGGUGGGAACCUACCCCAGCGAGGCACACGAUUAUGUGCUCUUGAACUCGACCGAGUGGAAUGUGGCUAUUGAUCCCUCAACUCUGGAAUAUCACGCCGGUUCGGGCGAGUCACUACCAUCGCCGACUUUCGAGGAUGGCCAGUUGCCGAUGUACAUUACUGCCAAGGCGUGUUUGAUCGGUUGGCCUUUGUUCAGGUCAGCGGUCUUGUCUCGGGGAUACGUUUGA